GCUCACUUCCUGCCGCACCCCCUCUCAUGGGAAAGAAGCCUUUGUGGGGGUUUUUGACCUGCAGUAGCUGGGAUCUGAACAAAAGUAACUCUUUGGAUUUCCUCUGAAACUGUGCUGGGGCACUGAUCAGAGAUGGAAGAGCAGGAUUCAACUGAGCCUGGGCCAGGAAGAGUUCCUAACGCCAUCUUGGCAGGAAGCAAUAAGGAAUUCUGGGAAAGAUGUACACAGAAAAUCCCUGUUGGUGAUGUGAGGGGCCCAGAAGCACAGCGCCAGCACUUCAGACAGUUCCUCUACUGGGAAGCUGAGGGACCCCGAGAGGUCUGCAGCCGACUCCACCAUCUUUGCCGUCGGUGGCUGAGGCCAGAAAGACACACCAAGAAGCAGAUGUUGGACCUGGUGAUCCUGGAACAGUUCCUGGCCAUCCUGCCCCCAGAGAUGGAGAGCUGGGUCAGGGAAUGCAGGCCAGAGACCAGUUCUCAAGCAGUGGCCCUGGCAGAAGGUUUCCUCCUCAGCCAGGCAGAGAGCAUCAAACAAGAAGAGCAGGUGCAGGAGCUAUCAGAAGUGGCUGCUGAAUUCCCCAAGGUAGAGAGAAUUGUCAGGGACGCCAGACUGAGCCCAGUUCUGAAGGGAAUCUGGGAGGUUUCUUCAGUGGGUGAGGGGAUAACUCCAGUGGUCUAUCCUGGGCCUUCUCUUCUUUGUGGUGGAAUGGAAGGAGUUUCUGUGCAACCAGACCAGGAUCUGGUGGCUUUUGAGGAUGUGGCUGUGGAUUUCUCAGAGGAGGAGUGGACUCUGCUGAAUCCGGACCAAAGGGCCCUGCACCAGGAAGUCACAGAGGAUAACCUAAGAAAUCUUGCUUCUCUGGCAAGUGAUUUGCAGAGCAGAGAGAAUUCUAGAGAGCAAUAUGUGGUUUCUUUGACUAGAAACGAGCAUUCCAUGUGGGAAGAGGCCUCCAAUGAAAAUCAAAUUGUCAGUGCAAGGAAGAAGGAACACCGGGUUAAAGAGAAACCAUAUAAAUGUCUCGAGUGUGGAAAGUGUUUUUCUGUGAAAUCAAGCCAUAAGAGACAUCAAGAUGUGCACAUCACAGACAAGCCACAUAAAUGUUUGGAGUGUGGAAAGAGCUUUAGAAAGAAGGACCAACUUACUUCCCAUCAAAGAGUUCACACAGGGGAGAAACCACAUAAAUGCCUAGACUGUGGGAAAAGCUACAGUCGGAAGAUAAGCCUUACUUUCCACAGAAGUAUUCACACAGGGGAGAAACCAUAUAAAUGCUCUGAGUGUGGAAAAAGCUUUGGUCACAGUAGGCAACUUACUUCCCAUGAAAGAAUCCACAAGGGGGAGAAACCAUAUAAAUGCUUGGUGUGUGGAAAGUGCUUUACUGCAAGUUCAACGCUUAAUUCCCAUCAAAGAAUCCACACAGGGGAGAGACCAUAUAAAUGCUCUGAAUGUGGUAAGAGCUUUAAUCGGAAGGGAAACUUUGUAUGUCAUCAGACAGUCCACACUGGGGAGAAACCGUACAAAUGUUCAGAGUGUGGAAAGAGCUUCAGUUACAACAGAAGACUUAUUACUCAUCAAAGAAUUCAUACAGGGGAGAAGCCAUUUAAAUGCUCAGAGUGUGAAAUGGGCUUCAGGAACUACUCAUGUCUCACUUACCAUCAAAGAACCCACACAGGGGAGAAACCAUACAAGUGCUUGGAGUGUGGAAAAGGCUUCAGUCGGAAUUACUCCCUGGUUUUGCAUAACACAGUCCACACAGGGGAAAAGCUGCAUAAAUGCUUCCAGUGUGGCAAGAGCUUCAGCCGCAAGCCUGAUCUUACCCGGCAUCAUGAAGUCCAUGCGGCAGAGCAACCUUGCUUCCCAUCAAAGGAACCAGAAGAAGGGGAAGCCGUAGAAAUGUUCACUCAGUGGCUGGAGUUUUUGUAUGCGACUGGUUCCCAGAACAACUUAGAAGGAGAAUUACAACAGCUCACAUUGGAAGGGAAUAAGCAGAGGGAAGACACUAAAACAAAGCAAAAGGGGGGGAAUGAAUCCCAGGGGAUCUUGUCAUACCGUGGAAGAAACAAUUGUCCUGUGUGUGGAAAAACAUUUUGUUAUCAAUCAGUAUUUGAUACACACUGGAGAAUCCACACUGGGGAGAAACCACAUAAAUGUUUGGAGUGUGGAAAGACCUUUGCUCAAAAGGCACAUCUUAUGCAACACCAGACAAUUCAUACAGGAGACAAACCUUAUAAAUGCUUUCAGUGUGGGAAGAGUUUUGCUCGGAGUAACACCCUUACUGCUCAUCACCGAAUCCACACUGGGGAGAAACCAUAUAUAUGCUUGGAGUGUGGAAAGAGCUUUGCUGGGAGUAUGGCCCUUACAGACCAUCAUCGAACCCACACUGGAGAGAAACCAUAUAAAUGUUUGGAGUGUGGAAAGAGCUUUGCUCAGAGAGGUAAUCUUACUGCCCAUCGACGUACCCACUCUACAGAGAAACCAUAUAAAUGCUUGGAAUGUGGAAAGAACUUUGCUCAAAAUACAAAGCUUACUACCCAUCGACGUGUCCACCAAGGGGAGAAACCAUAUAAAUGCCUGGAAUGUGGGAAGACCUUUGUUGCAAGUCCAGGCCUUAUUGUCCAUCAACGAAUCCACACAGGAGAGAAACCAUAUAAAUGCUUGGAAUGUGGGAAGACCUUUACUGGAAGUCCAGGCCUUAUUGUCCAUCGACGUAUUCACACAGGGGAGAAACCAUAUAAAUGCCUGAAAUGUGGGAAGUCCUUCGUUGCGAGUCCAGGACUUAUUGCCCAUCAACGAACCCACGUGGGAGGGAAACCAUAUAAAUGCAGUGCCUUGAAACCAGUGGUGUGUUCUUUGCCAUCUUUUUGUGGCAGAGAGAGAGCAGCUUCCAUGCAGCCAGAUCAGGGCUUGGUGACCUUUGAGGAGGUGUCUGUUCAUUUUGCCGAGGAUGAGUGGGCCAUGCUGGAUCUGGACCAAAAAAACCUUCACAAGGAAGUCAUGGAGGAGAAUUGUCAGAAUGUUGCCUCUCUGGAGGCAAAUGGUCUCCAGAAUAUGCCGAAAGGAGAACUACUACAGCUCACAAUGGAAGGGAAUAAGCAGAGAGGAGAAGCUGAAACAAAACGAAAGAUGGGGAAUGAAUCCCAGGAGAUCCUGCCAUACCAUGGAAGAAUCAAUUGUCCUGUGUGUGGGAAAACAAUCUGUUAUCAAUCAGCAUUUGAUACACACUGGAGAAUCCACACUGGGGAGAAACCAUAUAAAUGUUUGGAAUGUGGAAAGACCUUUGUUCAGAAGGCACAUCUUAUGCAACACCAAAGAAUUCACACUGGGGACAAACCUCAUAAAUGCUUUCAGUGUGGGAAGAGUUUUGCUCGGAGUGCCAGCCUUACCGCUCAUCAACGAAUCCACACAGGGGAGAAACCAUAUAUAUGCUUGGAGUGUGGAAAGAGCUUUGCUCGAAGUUCAGCUCUUACUGACCAUCGGCGAAUCCACACUGGAGAGAAACCAUAUAAGUGUUCGGAGUGUGGAAAGAGCUUUGCACAGAGAGGUAAUCUCUCUGCCCAUCAACGUAUCCACACUUCAGAGAAACCAUAUAAAUGCUUGGAGUGUGGAAAGUGCUUUGCUCGGAAUACAGAGCUUACUAUCCAUCGACGUGUCCACCAAAGAGAGAAACUAUAUAAAUGCUUGGAGUCUGGAAAAAUGUUACUUGGAAAUCCAAGCCUUAUUGUCCAUCAACAAAUGCAGCCAGGAGAAAAAUAUAAAUGCUUGGAAUGUGGAAAGACAUUUUCCCGGAGUUCAGGCCUUAUUGUCCAUCGACGAAUCCACACAGGGGAGAAACCAUAUAAAUGCCUGGAAUGUGGAAAGUCCUUUAUUGCAAGUCCAGGCCUUAUUGUCCAUCGACGAGUCCACACAGGAGAGAAACCAUAUAAAUGCUUGGAGUGUGGGAAGACGUUUGCUGGAAGUCCAGGCCUUAUUGUCCAUCGACGAACUCACAUAGGCGAAAAACCAUAUAAAUUUUAAGAAUGUGGGAAAUAACACAUAUCUAAAUAUUCAUCUCAUAUGUCAAAAAAUGCACAUUAGCUAGAGAAAAUCCAUCUGCUAUUUGAUAAGGAAGCAAAAGUUUACUCAGCUAGAGGGAUUUCCUUUAACUAAUCUGUAGUAGGAGGUUCUGAUUAGGGGUGUGCAUUCAGUUCACCUAAACUGAAAAAAAUUAUUGAAUAAAUAUCCUGUUGUUA